CCUUUUCUAUCUGACGAAGGCUUAUAAGCCUAUUUUGAGCACACAAGCCUGAAAAUAACCAGCCAAAUGUUUAAUUUUCAUAGAACUAUAUUUUGAUUCAUACCAUAGAACUACAUUUGAUUCAUACCACAGGGGUAAUUAGGGUGAAAAAGAUGAAAAUAGAAUUACAAAAAUGCAAUAUGCAAAAGCGCUUUUUACAUGAGUAAAAAAAAUACCUAAACUUUAGACAAGAAAAAGUGUAUGUAGAACCUGUUACUGAAGCUCUUUGUUUAAUUGUGUUUAAAAUUUCUGUCAGAGAGAGAAGAUGCAUCAGAAGAAGGCACAAGAAGUUCAGAAUUUGGUUGAAAAUAGAGAUGAGAAGAGAUUUGAAAAUAGUUUUAAGGCUUGCAGCUCUGCUGUUCUCUCUUCACAAAUAAAAAAAAUUAUUCCAUCUAAAGUAUAUGAAAAUCGUAAAAGCUCUAUUGCAGCUGGCUUGGAAAAAGUUAAUGUAGCUCUUGAACAAAAAAAUUCAAAGAUUAUUGAAUAUUUGUCUAAGGAAAAGUCUAUUCUUGAACCAGAAGCAUAUAAUGUUCUUGUACCGGAAACUGUUGAAGAAGCUGUUGAUCCAAACAUAAUUAAGAUACUUCCUGUGCCUUUACCAGAGAAAAAAAUAUUUAAAGACACAUUAACUCUUCCUCCCUCAAAAGUUCCAUGGAAGGAAAGGUUCAUGCAAGGUAUCAAAUACAACUACAGUGACAUUUCUUACCAUUUUAAAGUGUGGAAUGAUUCUUUAAAAGAGAUAGAAGGUUAUUUUGGUGCUGGAACUGUAUCAUAUUUUGUGUUUCUGAGGUGGCUUCUCUUAAUGAAUUGUUUUAUGCUAGUUUUGAUCAUUUUCUUUAUUGUUUUGCCUUGCACUCUACUCACGCCGUUUGUAUAUUCACUUCCUCCAAAUUUUACUCUUCCUAUUAAUGACACAAAGCCUUUGUAUGAAGUAUUUGAAAAAAAGCAAACUUUUUCCUUAGCUCUUGUCACAAAUCAUUCUAAAAUGAGUGAAAAAGAUAUUGUAAAAUAUUGUCACAGGAAGUACUUUAAAGAGAUUAAGGAAGCAAAGACCAAAAGUUUCUUUGAUAACUUACAGAAUCUACUUCAAGGAACGGGAUGGAUGGAGCCAACAAUUAUGUUUUUAGGCAAUUAUCCCAUAGCUUCUGUUUCUGGAGGAUUCGUUUAUAAUGUCCCUUUAGCAUUUGUAUUUGUAUACAUUGCGAUCUAUUUAUUCUGCUUCAUUAUACUGAUGGCAUAUUCUUCGUUUGGAGUUUAUGAAGCCAUAAUGUCUCAGGAAUAUUCUGCACCUCGAUUUGCCAAUGAGGUUUUCUCUGCUUGGGAUUAUUGCAUUCAAGGUAGCAAAAAUGCAGAAAUUCAUCGCAGAAGUUUUACUAACAAUAUAAGAACAACUUUGUCAGAAAUUGUGUACAAAAAAAAAGCUGAAGCAAGAUCACAGAGCGUAUGGAUAAAAUUAUAUUGCAUAAGAUUUCUUGUGAAUUUGUCAGUUAUAGCAUUGAUUUCUGGAAGCUAUUAUAUGAUAUUCACUCUUGUUCACUUGCAGCUGCGGGAAGAAAAUUAUCCUUAUCAACCAGGAAUUAAAACUUUAAUGUUGCAAUAUAUGCCUGUUUUAUCCGUGACAGCAAUCAGAACAGCUUCUCCUUUAUUUUUCUCAUUUGUGACACAAUUUGAAAAGUUUCAUGCCAGAACAACUGUGAAUUUAUCUCUUGCAAGGAGUGCUUUUAUUGGACUCUCGUCUGUUGUUGUUUUAGUUGCUUCUUUUCAACAUCAAAUAUUUUGCCAACCUGUAGAUAUUUGUGGCAAAGGUAAAUCUCACUGUCAUGCACCCAUGUGUUGGGAAACAUAUGUUGGCCAAGAGUUGUAUAAGCUAAAUGUCUCUGAGUUCUUAGUUUCUCUGUUCUUUUUCUUUUUAAACGUUGGUAGAAAUUAUAUAACAAAGAAGUUUGAUAAUAGAUUUACGAGAUGGAUUGGCAGUGCUCAAUUUGUUCUACCUCAAGAAAUUUUGGCUCUUAUUUAUCUGCAAACAAUUACUUGGCUACUGUCAUGAAGUAUUCUUCGCCUGCAACUACUAUCUACAAAGCUUCUCGAUUCAAUUCCGUGUACAUAUUUAUAUUAAUGAUAACAUUUCUCAUAGUUGUGACGAUUCAGUUUUACACUUGCAGGAAGUAAGUUGAUCUUUCUUUUGAUGAAAUAUUCAAAUGUGAUUAGGGACUCACUUGUAAAAUACAUCAGUUUUAUAUGUGCUGUCUUAUUUUUAAUAUUUGAUUAGCAUUGAAAAAAAAUGACUUAAAAGAACAUUUUAUUUCAAGCUAUCUAAACCUAAAAACAAAAUAAUUCAACCCUAUGAAAGGCUUUUAUUUCCCCUUGUCACAUGAAUGACAUUUUCUAACACUCAAAUGGGCACAAUCAAAACAAGCUGUCACUAACACAGCACCUAGCUACAGUCCCCUGGCCAAAUUAUUAGACGCACAAUUAGAUUCUAUGUAAAAUUUUCAUUAUUAGGUGAUACUAUGCAGCUUCAUUGUUUUUGUGAGACUGAAACCUGUUUACGUUUGUGUAUCAAUUGUUUAACAUUGUAAUGCAUCACAUUAAAAAUAAAUACAAAUAGAGGAAGUAUAUAAGAAUUCCUCUGAAUAAAAACCCAUUACAUGUACGUUUAAAUAUAAAAGUAUUGCCUAUAAACGCGUGCAAAUCAUGUCACUAUUAAAACACUACAGUGCGUCUAAUUAUUAUAAAAUACUAAUAUAAUACCUGAUAUUAUAAGUAUUCUAUGUUUACAUAAUAUAUCGUCUUAUUUAUCCAAUUUUCGAAUUUAUGUUAUACAUCGUCUCAUUUAACCAAUUGAUGCACGAACGUAAACAAGUUGAAACAGUCUCGUAAAAACAAUAAAGCUGUAUAGUAUCACCUGAUAAUUAAGAUUUUAGGAGAAUCUUAUUGUGCAUCUAAAAAUUUGGACAGGGAACUGUAGAAAGAAAAAAAACGUAAAUUUUUCUUUUAUUUAUGUUCCUAAUAUUUUUAUAAAAAGAAGUGUUUAUAUUAUUAAUGUCUGCCUUUGUUGAAACAAAUACUAAAGAAGGAAUUUCUUUCACUAGAAUCACUCCAUCCUAUGGCUGCAGUCCUUUUCGAUAUUACGAUUCUAUGAGUGCAGUCUUGACCGAACAAUUGGAAAAACUCCCUCAUUUCUUGCAGUCCUUGAGAUUCUUUCUAACUGGAUGGUUUUUCGUGCCUGCCUACA